AUGGCCGACGGAAUCGAUCGAAAUGCCGACGACAAGAUGGAGUUCUCCACCUCCAAGGAGGUCACGGUCGCGCCAACCUUCGAGGCAAUGCACCUGAAGGAGAACUUGCUACGCGGUAUCUACGCCUACGGUUACGAAUCGCCUUCAGCGGUGCAGUCACGUGCUAUUGUGCAAAUCUGCAAAGGUCGCGACACUAUUGCGCAGGCGCAGUCCGGAACAGGAAAGACUGCGACUUUCUCCAUCUCUAUCCUUCAGGUCAUCGACACAGCUGUACGCGAGACGCAGGCACUCGUGCUGUCGCCCACCCGUGAACUUGCGACCCAGAUUCAGCAGGUCAUCGUGGGUCUCGGUGACUACAUGAACGUACAGUGCCAUCCUUGCGUUGGAGGAACAAAUGUCGGCGAGGACAUCCGCAAGCUUGACUACGGCCAGCACGUCGUCUCUGGAACCCCGGGACGCGUUGCUGACAUGAUUCGCCGCCGCAACCUUCGCACACGCAACAUCAAGAUGCUCGUUCUCGACGAAGCCGAUGAGCUUCUCAACCGAGGUUUCCGUGAGCAAAUCUACGACGUGUACCGCUACCUACCGCCCGCGACACAGGUCGUAGUUGUUUCAGCCACCCUUCCAUACGAUGUGCUCGAGAUGACAACCAAAUUCAUGACGGACCCCGUGCGCAUUCUAGUUAAGCGUGACGAAUUGACGCUGGAGGGCCUCAAGCAAUACUUUAUCGCUAUCGAGAAGGAAGAAUGGAAGUUUGACACGCUGUGCGAUCUCUACGACACACUCACCAUUACACAAGCAGUCAUCUUCUGCAACACCCGCCGCAAGGUGGACUGGCUCACGGACAAGAUGCGCGAGGCCAACUUUACCGUAUCCUCCAUGCACGGAGAGAUGCCCCAGAAGGAGCGAGACAGCAUCAUGGCCGACUUCCGCCAGGCCAACUCUCGCGUCCUCAUCUCAACCGAUGUGUGGGCGCGUGGUAUUGACGUGCAACAAGUGUCGCUGGUCAUCAACUACGAUCUUCCCUCGAACCGUGAGAACUACAUCCACAGGAUCGGUCGAAGCGGGCGGUUCGGACGCAAGGGUGUGGCCAUCAACUUCGUCACCCAGGAUGAUGUUCGUAUCCUCCGUGACAUUGAGUUGUACUACUCUACCCAGAUUGACGAGAUGCCUAUGAACGUUGCGGACCUGCUCUCAUAA